AUGCCGCCAUCACGAUCACCAACAACCCCGAUCCCAGCAAACCGCAACCGCAAGGGCACCACCCUCUCCCGCUUCCUAAACUACACCGUCUUCAUCUUCCUUUCCAUAAUUCUCUUAUGCCUAAUUGUUCUCACGCCGGCCGAUGCAAUCUACCAAUGCUACGUCACGCACCGCCUGACCAACAUCUUCAUCAUAACGGGUGGAUACAUUGUGACCUUCCUGCUUGCGGUCCUGAUCUACGCGACGCGCAUUUACACGAAUCGCAGCGUUCUAGGUGGAAUUCCGAAGGCCUGGAUACCCGUUGAGAAAGAGGAUGUUGGGAAGAGCGUGAGGAGGCUUGUUGUCGAGGGGCUGGGGAGGAGUGCGCUGAUUGCGAGGGGUGCGAGACCUAGGAGUUUACACGGUACAAACGGCGCGAGGAAUGGGGAGGCUGGCGCUGGCGCUGGCGAGGUUGGCGAUGGCGAAGAAAGGGAGGGUUUACUCAGGGGGUUCGACUACGAUAUCGACCCUGCGAAUCCGCCGUGGGGAGUUAUCGAGCAUCCUGGGUGGUCGACGCCCGAAUCAGCUUUAUCUGCGUCUGCACCGGACCAGGGGGCAUCGGAGGGCGACGCACCUGCCCCGGGUCUAUGCUACCGCACCGUGAUCCGCGAACUUCCGCACCUCAUCGAAGCCAAGGCCGUUUCCCUCGCUCCCCCAGAUCCGAUCUUCACGCUUGCUCCUCCGAACCAGACGCAUCCCAACGCAGACGAAGACCAAGAAACCCUUCGAAUUCCAGAUACCCGCAUCGUGGCUAUCCUUCGCCGCUCCGGUACAAUGUCCCUGCGCAACUACAUCAACCACCUAAUCUCUCUUUCGAUCCUGCACCCGCCGGAAAUAGGACUAGAGUUUCUGUCGCUGUACGAGCGCGCCCGUUUCUCGGGCAAGGAUCUAUACGAGGAUGAGUUCCGUACAUUGAUGGGUGUUUUUGCGGAUGUACUGCGGGGAAUGAGGUUCGAUCACGAGCAGCAUCGGCUUCUUAUGGACAUGGAAGGUGAGGACGGCGAUCUAGGCCGUUCAAUAGCGGAUACACACUCUCUCUUUGGCUCACGGUCCGAAUCAGUCAUCGGCCCGUCAGACGAGGAGGGCGAGACGGACACAGAUACACUUGGUUCCGUGAACAUUCAUCGUCUCGACUCGCCCCGUCGCCGGCCACGGCCCCGUUCUCGCCCGGCGUACGGGUACGACUAUACCUACAACUAUGCGAGCGGCAGUCUCCAGGUCGAGGGCACUGGUCCAAACUCCAGGCCCUCACCAAGUCGACGCCACAGCCGAAUCGAAUUCGGCGGAGACGGAGCUGGGGGUGAAAGUAUGAUGCAGUACUGGCCGCCCGCCAGAACCCCUUCCACGCAUUCGCUGCGGCCGGCCCGGUCAAAUGGCUCGGCGUCGGGAGUGAGUUUAAGCUCGGCAUCCCGGUCGGGCUCGGACUCUGCUUCCGGGGGUGGCAGUGCGAGUGGCGGGAGCGUGAUCCGGCUGGCUGAUGCGCGGACGGAGAGCGUUUCGGGAUUGCCGUAUGUCCUCGGUGGGGGGAGGUAG